AUGUCUUGGUGGCAGAACAAGAUCAUCCCGUUCGCUCUCCGCAGACUGGACAUAUUCGAAGACGCAGCGCUCGACCCCAGCAACUUCGAUGCGUCCUUCGGGAGGAAGAGUGCGGUAGAGCUUCGAAACGUAGGACUCAAGGUCGACCGCAUUUGCAAGCUACUCCAGCUACCACCGGCGUUGCGUGUAGAAACAGCAAAGGUGCUGUCACUACGUUUGAGCCUCGGCUUGGACUUCUACCAAGCGGCGCUACAGGCUGAUGUUGAGGGCGUCGUGAUCAACGUCCGCCUGGUGAACGAGAGUGAGGAUGUUGAAGGCGGAGAGGUAAGCUCGAAAAGCAGGACGAGAAGCCCAGAGCACCGCAAGACUCACAGAAGGAGAAAGUCUGGCAGCGCAAAGUCCUUCUUGUUGGAUGAGCCACCUCAGGAGCGGCAGAAGCUGGAAGCCUCCUUGGCCGCCAGCAAGCACCGCCUGGAAGAGUCAGUGUCGUCCGGAAGCAGUGAAGGCGCCGAUGUCGGCAUUGGAGCGCCUGUUGGCCUGCCCGGCUUUUUGGCAGGCUAUCUGCAACGGUGCAUUGAUGGGCUGCAGAUUCGCGUGAAGAACAUUGAGUUGAGGUUCGAGACCGACGUGACGGGCAACGUCUUGUGCACAACCCCUGUGACGCUUCGUCUGAGGAUCGGCUCUGCCUCCCUGGAAGAUCUCACUCAUGCUGGUCCGAAGAAUGGGCGGCAUGGAAAGCGUCAUGUCGACAUCCAGGACGUCACCAUGGAUCUGCUUUCCGACGCCUAUGUCGCUGCGCAGCUUUCCAAGGCUCCGUCGCGUGCGUCGUCGCGGCCACAGAGUGAUGUUGCAAGCCAGGGAUCGGCGCACUCUCGCCACUCUUCGGAUGUGGCUGCGCCUUUCAGCGAUCAUAGGGAGCUUCCUCUCGUGCAUCCGACACCGGCUUUAUCAUCCGAGAUUGCAGGGCUACUUAUUGGGACGACGGCACCCGUCGCUACGGACGAGAUUCUUGAUGAAUCAAUGAGAGAUAGCAGGACUGGGUCGCGCGUUUACAGCCACCGAGAAGCGGAGAGUCUUUACAUGAGUGCUAUGACCCACGAGCCAUCAAUCAGGAUACCUGGUGGCUGGGGCUCCGAAGGCACAUCUAGCGAACGUUCGGUCUCUCCAGAUGUCCCGCAAACGACUGGUGGUUCAUACAGUGACGGGGAGGAAGCGCCUGGUAACGUUACGCCACGCGCAGGCACACCGCGCAAUGAGGAGGCUUCGCAAACGCAUGACAACAUGACCGCGAAAAGGCUACUUGAUGUUAAUCAGCUGUCAUUAUGGUUCUCCGUCCAGCACGACAGCGUUAUAAAACCUCCAAACCAAGCAGUGACGGCAUUCAAUAUUGCAGUCAGUGUGCCUGGUGCCUUCUCAGGUCACGCUGAUUCCACCACAUACGACCCGCUCGCAAUGUCUGAGCACCGUGUAGGCGGCGACCCGCAAGCAGCAUCUGCGAAUGUGCCUGGUCCAUUGGACAGCAGUGAGGAUUUUGAGAUUGAAGGUGGCAGCGCUUUUGGCACACUCGACCUCUCAUCUUGCCGCCUCCUGUAUGCGAUAGCAUCUGCGACCAACCAAGCGCUUCGUAGACCAGACUUGCAUCUUGGGCGCCUGCAGGCUUGGCUGAGUGGCAGUGAGCUCCUUGCUUUCGACCGGCAAAGUACGCUAGGAACAUCGACACUGCUCACGGACGCUACGCCAGACGUCGCAGUCAGGUACGAUGGUAGUAAGACGACGAUGCAUCAAAGACCAGUCGUUGAGGUGCAUCUCGACACGCUACCGUUGCGCUUUACACUUGACCUUGCUGCCUUGGAUGACACCUUAAGCACAUUUGGCGGACUAAGUGGUGUGCUAGAGCUCAGCAGCUCGUUGUUGGCAGAGUCGACGAUGCCUGCUUCACCCAAGAAAGGCAAGCCUUCGAAAGGCGUACACUUUGCGAGCGAUCCGCCUGCCGCAAACACUGGUUGUGAGAUCAAGCUCAAUACACGUAUAUCUGGAGCAGAUAUGACUGUGCGCGGCACCGCCUCGGCCGUCAACGUUCGCACAACGACUCUCAAAGCAAUCCAUCGCGAAGCCGGCGCUAAGGCGACAGUGGAGCAUAUCAUCGUUUCCGGUCCAUAUGAUGGAAGCACAAUUAACCCGCCCAUAACUGUCGACAUUGUCAGCACCAAAGUCGAAUACUUAUUGUCUCCGCAUGACAAGGAUCUGGAGCGGCUGCUGUCACUGCUCACACCUUCGAAAGACAAGUAUGACAGUGACAACGAUAUCAUUGUGGACGCUCUGAUGCGACAGCGGAGAAAGGGCGCUCUCAUCCGGGCUUCCGUUAACAGCGUGAAGGCCAAGAUAAGCGAGUACGACUGCAUGCACGAUCUGCGAGCACUCGGCGAGGAGCUCAGCAAACUGUCCGCCGUUGCGAAGUACCUGCCGGAAGAUGAGCGGCCCGGCAUCCUCACACUGGUGCGACUGCAAGAUGUCGAGGCGCAGAUACCAAUCAGUAACAGGUUUGGUAGUUUGAACAUUAAGGCACAAGACUUGCACUGCGCCAAUGUUGGUCUGCCGUUCCUACUCGCCUUAGCCGUCGGCGAUCUUGCCGUAUCUCGUGGUAGCGAAGCUCUCAUACACUCUCUGGUGCCGCUCGCUGGUGGAGACAGCAGCAUACCUAUGCUUAUGGCACGCAUGCUUGGCAACGAAGCCGAGCCCACUGUCAAAGUCAAACUCUUCAAUGUGUGCGUCGAAUACAGCGUUCCCAUCCUCGUAGCUUUGGUCAACCCGGCUGCCGUCAGUACUGAAGAGGUCGUUACAGAUCUUGCGCAGUCUGUAACUGAUUUCGCCUUCGAGCGCGAGAACAGCGCCAAUAGCAGCCCGCUCAGUCAAGCGCCAGCACCCUCUGUGAAGAAGACCAAUAUUGACCUUCUCGUGCACGACUCAGCAUUGGGUUUUACGCCAGAAAAGCUUCCGUCAAAGGUGUUGUUCGUCUUGACUGACGCAAAGCUCACGACACUUGUGCCGCCGGAAACCACCACUAGUGCUUCACUUGCAUUGCGCAAGGCCGCCAUCUUUGUGACGGAUAGCCGGGACAACGGCGCAGCUGAGUCCGGUGCUCCAGCUCGUGGUGUGCUCGGUAAUACCACCACCAGCAUUCGCUUGUCCGUGGCACUUGCGAAGCGAAGAUACGUUUCCGUAGGUUCAAUCAUGUCCGCCAAAGUUUCAGUCACCGCAACCGAUAUGGAGGAUGGUAAGUCGAAGGCUGUCGGUGUCGAGGUGAGUAACGAGCUGUUCUUGCUUGAGUCCUGUGCGGACUCCACACAGACUCUGUUCGCCACACUCGGUGCGCUGGCGCCGCCUACGCCUCCCAGUAAGCAGCCGAAGUAUCUGACGCAGCCCAUGACAAUCGAGGAUAUGAUGGCAUCUUUCACCGGCGAUGCAUAUACCAAGCCGGAAGCCGCUCCAGCCGAGAUGCUGUUUGACGUGGAGGACGAUGCGGGUGUCAAUGCAAGCCAUGUUGACUUCGAUGCGCUCGGAGAUGCGUUGGGGAUGGAUACUGAGCCUGACAACCUGCUCGCGGAAUCAGAGAUGACCUCCAGUUUGUACGAGCCGUUAAGCGGCUUGUUGGGCGACGAAGAGCAAGCAGGAGCUGACAGGCCGAACAUUACGCAGAAGCUACCUUUCAGAAUUCGCCUACGAGACACGCACAUCAUCUGGAACAUACACGACGGCUACGACUGGCAACGCACCCGCGAAGGCAUUACGCAAGCUGUCGAGCAGGUGGAGGCGCGAGCGGAGGAGCGAAUGGCGAGAAGGCGGCAUGCUCAAGAGCCAGAAGAUGAGGAGUCUGUUAUCGGCGAUCUGUUAUUCAACUCGAUUUAUGUCGGCGUGCCCGCUUAUCACGACGCACAGGAGCUGCGUCGGCAGAUCAAUCGCGGCAUCGAUGACAUGGCCAGCGAAACGGAGAGCUUGCCCGUAUCAGGCCAGUCACGCCCGACCGCCUACUCCGCAUCAGGUCGACCGCUGCACCCUCCCCGUCGGAGGCUGAAGCUCGAGCGCAGCAAAGCACACAAAGUCGCCUUCGAGUUGAAGGGUGUCGCAGCGGACGUGCUUGUGUUUCCACACGAUUCAGUAGACGUCCUCCAGGCCGUUGAUCUCCGAGUGCAAGACUUUGAGAUCUUUGACAACGUGCCUACCUCCACUUGGCGCAAGUUCUUGACCAGCCUCGAAGACGGUUCAGGCGGUAGAGAAAUGGCAAAACCAAUGGCGCACAUCCAGGUACACAACGUGAAGACACUGCAGGACUACUCUGCUACGGAACUCGUCAUCCAGGUAACAGUACUACCGCUGCGACUGCACGUCGAUCAGGAUGCGCUGGACUUCACGGCACGCUUCUUCGAGUUUAAGGACGAGCAACAAUCGGCCGCCGGCGAGUCAGGCGAGCAGCCCUUCAUCCAACGGUUAGAGGUGGACACCGUGGACCUCCAGCUAGACUACAAGCCGAAGCGCCUCGAUUAUGGCGGCCUGCGCUCUGGACACACGACCGAGCUAAUGAACCUUAUCACGCUCGAUGCCGCAAACAUUCGCCUUAAGCAUGCGAUCGUCUACGGCAUCAGAGGUUUCGAACCCAUUCAUAAGACGUUGAACGACAUCUGGAUGCCGGAUAUACGUCGUAAUCAGCUACCUACUGUACUCGCCGGGCUCGCGCCUGUCCGCAGUCUUGUCAACAUUGGUAGCGGGGUCCGUGACGUCGUCGCAAUACCAAUCCGCGAGUACAGGAAGGAUGGCCGCAUCGUGAGAAGCAUUCAGAAAGGUGCGCUACAGUUUGGCAAGACCACCACCUCCGAACUAGCUCGCCUUGGUGCCAAGCUCGCAAUCGGAACGCAGAAUGUGCUCCAAGGGGCAGAGAACCUGCUAUCGCCGGCAACUGCUUCGCCGACCGGCAGGCCUGGAGUCGGACGUAGAGUGUCCUCUGACCAGGGUUGGCAUGAUCUCGAUGAAGAGGGUGAGAAUCAUGAGCAGCGAGCCAUCUCCGCUUAUGCAAAUCAGCCGCUGAACGUGUUCUCCGGCCUUCGGUCUGCGCGUAGGCACCUGGAGCGCGACUUGCUAACCGCACGAGACGCCUUCAUCGCUGUGCAAGGUGAGAUCAUGGAGAGUAACAACCCUGGUGCUGCCGCCGCUGCAUUGGUUCGACACGCGCCUACGGUGAUCUUGAGGCCGGUCAUUGGUGCAUCGAGGGCUGUUGGUACGACGCUGCUUGGUGUUGGGAACCAGAUCGACCGGCAGAACGUACGGCGUGCUGAAGAUGUAAGUCCUCAAGCCCAUGUUGUUGCAUGCUAAAGCUUACAAAGGUGCAGAAGUACAAGCACAGGUAACUCUGGCGGCAGCGGCGCAUUCGAAAACAUUCGUGGGUGUGAUU